AUGCGUAGCUUCGCUAGUCUCGCACUUCUUCCCUUUGCAGCCGCCAUUCCGGCGCGCGUUGCACAAAAUACCCAGUCAAGCUACGACUACAUUGUCGUCGGAGGAGGUACAGCCGGUCUGGUUGUUGCCAACCGUCUCUCCGAGCAUCAGAACACUUCCGUGCUAGUCAUCGAGGCCGGAGGAUCCGUGUACAACAACACCAACGUGACCGACACAACAGGAUACGGUAAUGCCUUUGGCACCAAUAUCGACUGGGCUUACCAGACCGUGGACCAAGAGUAUGGUGGAGGAUCGCCCCAGACACUGCGAGCUGGAAAGGCCCUUGGCGGAAGUAGUACCAUCAACGGCAUGGUUUACACUCGCGCACAGGAUGCACAGAUCGACGCGUGGGAGGCUAUUGGGAACAAGGGAUGGAACUGGGAGAACCUGUUCCCGUACUUCAAGAAGGGUGAGGGCUUCCAGGUUCCUAGCGAUUACUCCUUCCUGCAGGGCUCUGGCGUCACCUACGACCCUGCUGCCCAUGGAUACGAGGGACCGUUGAAGGUUGGCUGGCCUCCUGUGGAAGAGAGCGAUGGUCUGGCGCAGACCUUGAACAAGACGUACCAGAGCUUGGAUGUCCCGGUUUCUUACAACCAGGAUCUCAAUGGAGGCGAAAUGGUGGGAUACAGUCUCUACCCGAUGACCGUGGACUCAAAGUUGAACGUCCGUGAGGAUGCUGCACGCGCAUACUACUACCCGUACCAGUCUCGGAAGAACUUGCAUGUCCUGCUCCACACACACGCCAACCGAUUGACAUGGAAGGAUGGUGAGGAUGUUACUGCUAAUGGCGUCGAGGUGACUCUGGCAAACGGUAAUACAACAACCAUCCAUGCGAAGCGUGAGGUCAUUCUCUCCGCAGGAUCGUUGAAGUCGCCUAUUCUGCUCGAGCUUUCCGGUAUUGGAAACAAAGCUAUUCUCUCCAAAUACGGCAUCGAGACCAAGGUCAACCUCCCCACCGUCGGCGAAAACCUGCAAGACCAAAUGAACAACGCCAUCGAGUACAACUCGAAGAAGAACCACACCCAGCUCCCUGACUUUAUCUCGUACCCAACUAUCUCGCAGCUGUUCCCCAACACCUCCACCCAAAUCGGCGCUAGUCUGUACAAGCAGCUGCCCAACUACGCCGCCAAGGUCGCCUCGGCCAACGGCAACGUAACCAACGCCAGCGAUCUCGAGCGUUUCUUCAAGAUCCAGUGGAGCCUGAUCUUCAAAUCGAAUAUCCCCGUGGCCGAAGUCCUGAUUGAGCCCUCUGGUGAUAUCUUCGACACGGAAUACUGGUCCCUCAUUCCCUUCUCGCGUGGUAACAUCCACAUCUCCUCCGCUGAUCCCACCGCUGCUGCCACUAUCGACCCCAAGUAUUUCAUGCUGGACUUUGACUUCGAGUCUCAGGUCCAGGUGUCUCGUUUCAUCCGUGAGCUGUACAGCACCAAGCCAUUCGCGGACCAGGUUGGGGAUGAAAUCAGCCCUGGACUGUCUAUUGUUGCUGCUGAUGCUGCUGAUGCGGCCUGGUCGGACUUCCUCAAGUUGGGCUACCGAUCAAACUUCCACCCCAUCUCUACCGCUGCCAUGAUGCCAAAGGAUAUCGGAGGAGUCGUUGACACGUCGCUCAAGGUCUAUGGUACCUCUAAUGUUCGUGUUGUUGAUGCCUCUGUUCUUCCUUUUCAAGUUUGCGGACAUUUGCAGAGCACGAUCUAUGCGGUUGCUGAGCGUGCGGCGGAUAUUAUCAAGGCUAGUAUUUAA